AAGCUCACCUGUGUGAGGGAAAAGUCUAACGCUGGCAUUUUGUUUAUCUAAGAGAUGAGAACAUUUUAAACAUUUUAAAUUAUUUUGGUUUGGUUGUGAUGAAAUGGAAAUUUGUUUUGAUUAUACAUUUUAAAAAAGGAUUUGACAUAUACGUAAUAUGUGGAGUGUUUAUCCAAUGCAUUAUUUAGAUUAAAGAUUAUUACAUGGCACCUUUACUCUGAAAGGUGUGGGCCGGAAGUACUAGCGUUGUUUCCGCUGGUGAAAGCGUCUCUGGUCCGUAUAAACACUUAGUUUCUGUCCAACUAAAACUGAAAGUGAACAAAUGAAGCCGGAGUCUGGUGAUGUGUCACACUGGCAGCGCUGACAGUCGCUGUUAACGGCAGCAGGCGGGUUUUAAACCCGUCUUAUCGGGGUUUAUUACAGCGGGAUCGCAGCCGGACUGUGGACCCAGACCUCUGGACUCUGUGGCAGCUUGUCUUCAGUUUCUCCGUCUUUCUCGAGUCCGUGUCUUGGCCCAGAGAUGAAGCGGAGACUCCUGCUGGUGUCCAACUCCACCCUGCACGGCAGCGGCUACCUGGACCACUGUGAGCAGCACAUCGCACGCUUCUUUGGACAAGAUGUGAAGAGGGUGCUGUUUGUCCCAUACGCUCUCCAUGACAGAGACGCCUACACCAAGACUGCCAGGGACAAGUUUAAGACUCUGGGUUACGAGGUGGACGGGAUCCACGAGGCGUCGGAUCCCGUCGACGCCGUCCGGAAGGCUGAGGGCAUUUUUAUAGGAGGAGGAAACACUUUCCGGCUAUUGAAGAGCCUCUAUGACAACAAUCUGGUGUCGGAGAUCAGGAGGAGAGUGCUGGAGGACGGUGUCCCCUACAUGGGCUCCAGCGCCGGCACCAACGUGGCCACCGUCAGCAUCAGCACCACCAACGACAUGCCCAUCGUGUACCCUCCGUCCUUCUCCGCCAUCGGCCUCGUCCCCUUCAACAUCAACCCCCACUACCAGGACCCUGACCUCAACAGCCGCCACAUGGGGGAGACCAGAGAGCAGAGGAUCAGUCAGUACCACGAGGAACCCGACACUCCACGUGUCCUGGGUCUGAGGGAGGGAUCCAUGCUGCUGGUGGAGGGAAACAAAGCCACACUCCUGGGAACCACCAAGGCCAGACUCUUCACCCGGGGAAAGCCCUCGGAGGAAUACGAGCCAGGAAGUGACCUCAGUUUCCUGCUGGCACACUGACCAAUCAGAAUGAAGCACGACGUGAAGGCAUCAUGAAUGUUCUCUGAUGUUUGUUCUGGUCAAAACACAAUAAACAUUUUUCUGUUUUCUGUG